AUGGUUUCCGUGAAACAGCCACAGCAUGACCUCGAGUCAAAGCCUAAUGAUACCUUCGUCGAGGUAUCGGGGGAUGACGAGAAAGGUGGUGUUGUUCAGCCAGGAGCUGAUUAUUCUGGUGCUAUCGCAAAGACUUCCGCUGAGGAAAUUGCACUUGUCCGAAAGCUCGAUUUGAGGAUCAUGCCGACACUCUGGUGCAUGUACUUCUUGAACUAUCUCGACCGAAAUGCCAUUGCACAGGCACGUCUCGAUGGCCUCGAAGACGAUCUCAAGCUGGAAGGCUCCGAGUACAACACAUGCAUCUCAAUCCUAUUUGUUGGCUACCUCCUUAUGCAAAUCCCAUCCAACAUGCUCAUAUCCUCCAAGCACGUCCGCCCUUCCAUUUAUAUGGCAAUCUGCAUGAUGGGCUGGGCUGUCGUGUCGGCCUGCACUGCUCUAGCUAAGAAUUACACCGAUCUGGUCGUUGUGCGCUUCUUCCUUGGUAUAGCUGAAGCGCCUUUUUAUCCGGGCGCCAUCUACAUGCUCUCGAUCUUCUACACACGCAAGGAGAUUGCCACGCGUCUAUCCAUUUUAUACUCGGGCAACAUCUUCGCCACUUCAUUUUCCGGUCUCAUCGCGGCUGCUGUCUUCAACACUAUUGAUGGCAACCAAGGUCUGAAAGGGUGGCAGUGGCUUUUCAUCAUCGAGGGCUGCCUGACCUUCGGCAUCGCUAUCAUCGGCAUGUUUACACUUGCCGACAACCCACUCACUACCCGCUGGCUGAAGCCCGAGGAACGACAACUUGCUCACGAUCGCAUGGUGAGGGAUACUGUCGGCCUCACGGAGAGCAAGGGUGCUAGGGCCGGCUUCAAGCAAGCGAUUCGCGACCCUCGCCUCUGGCUCCUCUGUUUUAUCCAGAACAUGCAUCUUUCGGCUUGUUCUUUCAACAAUUUCUUCCCCACUGUUGUCGGCUCCUUGGGGUUCAACGAUACUAUCACUCUGGUCCUCACCUGCCCUCCGUACCUUGUCUCCGGAUUCUUUGGAUAUUUCGCUGGACUUUCGUCUGGCAAAUACAACGAAAGGACAUGGCAUAUUACAGCAUGCAUGGGAAUGGCUAUCGUCGGCUUUGUCAUAUCCUGCGCAACCCUGAACACAGCCGCCCGCUACAUCUCAUGCUUCCUCUUCGCAAGUGGAGCUUACGCAGUGAAUUCCAUGAUAUUGGGUUGGGUCUCUGCUACCUUGGGCUCCACGCCGGAGAAGAAGGCAAGUAGUCUGUCCAUCGUGAACGUUAUCGCGAAUGCCUCGUACAUCUACACCGCCUACCUUUACCCGAAGAGCGAUGGACCACGCUACUUACCGGCUAUGGCGAGUAACGCCGCGUUUGCUUUCGCUUCUAUCGCUGGUACAUGGGUGCUACGAGUCUGGUUAAUUCGAAUCAACAAGAAGAUGGGUUCCAAUAGCACAAAGUAUGCCUACUGA